AGCGCCGGUCUCCCCUGGUGACUAGCAACGCGGGGAAGAUGGCGGCGCUGGUGCCGACCGAGGCCGCGGCGUCCCUGGACCCGGCGGGAGCCGCCGAGACGGCCGAGGCGGCGGAGCUAAGCCGCGUACUGAGCCGCCUGCUGCCCGGUCUGGAGGCCGACAGCAAGCUGGGCCGGCGGCGCGCGCUGGAGGCGCUGCAGCGCGCCCUGGAGGCGGCGCGGCCCGAGGCGCCCGACGGCGACCCCGCCGCCGCAGCCGCCGCCUUCCAGGGCCCGUGGGCGCGCCUGCUGCUGCCGCGCCUGCUGCGCUGCCUGGCCGACCCGGCCGAGCGCUGCCGCGCGCUGGCCGUGCACCUGCUGGACUUGGGCCUGCGGCGAGCCGCGCGGCCCCGUGACGCCCUCCCGCGCCUGCUGCCCGCUCUCGCCGCGCGCCUGGCCGGCCCCGAGCCCGCGCGCCGCCCGCCGCCCGAGGCCUGCGAGGAGCUGCGCCUGGCGCUUGUGCAGCUGCUCCACCUGGCCGUGCGCCUGAGCGGCGCUGCGCUCGCGCCCCACCUGGACGACGCGGUGCGCGUGCUGCGCUGCACGCUGCUUGACCCCUUCGCCGCCGUGCGCCGAGAGAGCUGCGAGUGCGCCGCGGGCCUGGCGCGCGCCACGCCAGACCACUUCCACAUGCAGUCGGAGUCCUUGAUCGGCCCCCUGAUGCAGUCCAUCUCCCACCAGCACUGGAAGGUGCGGGUGGCCGUCAUCGAGGCCACGGGCACGGUGAUCCAGUUUGGCAGCGGGAAGUCAGUGGACGACGUCCUUCCUCACUUUGCUCAGCGGCUCUUUGAUGACGUCCCGCAGGUGCGCCAGGCGGUGACGCGCGUGGCCGGGGCCUGGCUGCUGAGCCUGCGGGACCGCUGCUCGUUCUUCCACAAGCUCCUCCCGCUCCUGCUGAGCAGCCUCGACGACGAGAUCCCCGAGAUCGCGUGCGGGGCGGCCGGCCUCUGGGAGCAGGUUGGGCUGCGCUGGCAGAUGGAGAACGAGGAGGAGCUCAAGGACAAGCUGGACUUCGCUGGCCCGCCCCCCGCACACCACCCAUCGCCAGGGAGCCGCCCGGGGCUGGGCUGCCGGGAGCUGGUCGUCCGAAACCUCUCCAAGAUCCUUCCCGCCAUCUGUCACGACAUCACCGACUGGGUGGUGGGGACCAGGGUGAAGUCGGCGCAGCUGCUGGCGGUACUGCUGCUGCACGCGGAAGCCCACAUCACGCAGCACCUGGAGCCCGUCCUGCGCACCCUGCUCCGCGCCUGCGCCGACGAGGAGACAGCCGUGGUCCGCAGUUGCGCGAGAUCCGCAGAGCUGAUCGGGACCUUCGUCAGCCCGGAGGUGUUUCUGAAGUUGAUCUUGUCGACGCUGAGGAAGUCUCCCUCCCCCUCCGGCCUCCUGGUCCUUGCCUCCGUCAUCCGGGGCUGCCCGAGGGAGGCCCUCCAGCCACACGUGAAGGUCAUCGCCGUGGAGCUGGCUCACGCUCACAUCUGCCAAGGGUCUGAAAAGCGCCUGUACGGGGAGCGCCUGCUGCAGUGCGUGCAGGCCGUGGUGUCCGUGAGCCGGGAGGACUGCCGGGGGGCCGGCGUGCCGCUCGUGGAGGUGCUGGUGACCGUCCUGGCGCUGUGGGGACCCGCGGGCCUUGGUGCCAAGGUUCAGGAGACGCUGGCCGAGCUGGCCGCGGUGGAGAGCAUGGACGGCAGCCAGGAGCUCUUCCGAGCGCACGUGGGCGCCCUCCUGGAGCGGCUGGCUGCCUCGCACCAGGACUGGACCAGCCACUCCAAGGAGCUCCUGCAGUUUGACGUGGUGCUCACUCACUCAGGCCCUGCCCUCGGAGAAGCCUUGCCCCAGCUGGUCCCCAUCCUCAGGAGCUGCCUCCAGCCAGCCCGCGACCCACCCAUGCGCCUGAAGCUCUUCUCCACCCUGACGGGGCUGCUGCUGGGAGCCAGGGAGACGGUGGACUCGCAGGGACAGUUCCAUGGCUACCUGGACACCCUGAUCAAGGACAUCUUCGUCCCCAAUCUGCAGUGGCACGCGGGGAGGACGGCUGCAGCCAUCCGCACAGCGGCCGUGUCCUGCCUCUGGGCGCUUGUCAGCAGCGGGGUCCUGUCAGAUGAGCAGAUACAGGAAGUGCAGGAAAUGUUGAUGCCUCAAAUUCUGACCACCCUGGAAGAAGAUUCUCAGAUGACUCGAUUAAUUUCGUGCCGAAUCAUUAACGUAUUUUUAAAGACCUCUGACGGUGUGAUUGAUCCAGACAAAUUCAUCAAGAUUUAUCCUGAACUCUUGAAGCGCCUGGAUGACGUUUCCAACGAGGUGAGGCUGGCGGCCACCUCCACCUUGGUCACCUGGUUGGAGCGUGUCAGGAACGAGGCCGGGAAGUGCUAUUACCAGAGCAACAUUCAGCACCUGUACAGGGAGCUCCUCGUGUACCUGGACGACCCCGAGAGCGCCAUCCAGGACGCAGUUCUCGAGGCCCUCAAAGCAGGCAGUGUCCUCUUCCCUGACCUCCUGGUGAGAGAGAUGGAGGCCGUCCUCCAUAAGCAUCGUUCACCCACCCACUGCGAGCAGCUGCUACAGCACCUGCAGGCCCUGCCACCCGCCCCGUGACCAGAGUCCUGGGAGCAGAGCCUCAGCACAACAGCUGGAGGGGGAGCGAACACCCAGGCCUCGGCCUCACCUGCACUGGGACGCGUGGCCUUUAAAUCUCGUCACAGGGCACCUUUCUGUCGACAGCCGAGGACCCCCACAAGCAAGCCUUUAACAGCAAGAAGAAUGUAUUCUCUCAGCACCACGGCCAGUGCUCUCCUGGGACAAUUCUUCACACCCAGCAGUUUUUGAAAUAAAUGACUUUCACUGA